AAAGUUGGUUCGCCCUUUUUCUGCUUCUCUCGCGCCCAGACUGAGUCCGAAAUAUCCGCAGUUUCCUAUUUUGUCUCAUCGACUCGAAACCCCCAAAUCCCGCCGUUUUUCGUACUCUAUUUUCUUUAGCCGGCUUGAAGCCGAAUCGCCGGAAACGUAGGACCUACGACGGGAGAAGGAGUCCUGUGUCGGCGGUGACGGGAGCGAUCGAUCUCUGCGGUGCGGUGACGGGAGCGAUCGAUCUCUGCGGUGCGGUGGCGUAGUCGUUAACGAGCUCUACGUCUGCAGCCGCGGAAACGACGGGAAUGAACUGCGACGCCCGAGUAAAUUAGAUCCAUGCUUACUCGCCAUGGCGCCGCCGCUACGGCAGCUUGCAUUGCAUCUUCUAGAUCUGUUCUUCUUGAACCUCUUGCGAUUUCUUUCCAUCGGAGUUCUGAUUUAACCUGUCGUUUUUCUUCUCGUACGUGUAAAGUUUAAUGGCAGGGGAAACGUACUGCUGGCGGAAAAAUUCCAAAGAGGGGCCUUAAGGAGGUGGUGCCCAGAUGGUUUCUCCUGGGGUUCCUGUCAUACAACAAGUUCAUUUUCUUCAGCAGAGUAACCAGCUUAAUUACCAGCAGGGAGAUAUUGUCCAGAUGAUGGCACCAGCUGGGGUUCAUGACGAGCAGCAAGUUACUUUUCUUCAUCAGCUUAACCAGCAGGGAGGUGGUGACCAGAUGGUGGCACCAGCUGGGGUUCAUGUCCCACCGCAAGUUAAUUAUCCUCUGCAAGGAGGUGGUGACCAGAUGGUGGCACCAGCUGUGGUUCAUGUCCCUCCGCAAGUUAAUUAUCCUCUGCAAGGGCAUCAGGUUUUUGACAUCAGGCAUGUUGCUCAACUAAGUAGACAGCAUCAAUACUUGGAAAUGGAGAACUAUAUUAUGAGUUUUCUUGAGGGGGGAAAUUUGAGUUCACAUCCAUGGCUAUUCUUGCACAUCCGAAGGGCUUGGGCAAUAUCCUACGUACAAUAUGGAUUAUUUGAUAUCGCUCGAACCUUCUUUGCUGACAGCAUUGCAGCAGCAUUUCUGCCUAUACUGCAGCUUGAUCAGAGUGUGGUGAAGAAUGCGAUGCUUACUGACCUGAAUAGUGAAAUGAAAUACAUAUACUCGUGUGUGAAUGAUCGAAGAUGUUAUAGUCACAUUUACAACGGCGAUGGAAUGCUGGAGAAGCUGGUAAAUGAUUACCUCAUGCUUUACCUACCCAACACUAGGUUUACUACUGAAAGAGGAAAGAGCAAUGGUUUGUGGCAGUUUGCGAUCGAGCUUGAGAGGAAACACAGGCGCCCAACCUUCAGGUGUCUGGUGUGCAGCAUCGAAGUUUUCAAUGGUGGAACAAUAGGCGAUAUGGUCAAGCACUUGCAGGAGGCGUGUGCAGGACCCAAGAUGACUCCUUACCUGAUGGAGAAGUAUCCAGCUAGCAAAGUGGACCUUGAUCGUUUUCAGCUAACUACCCUUACAAUUCAAGCAAGACUUGCGGCGGCGAGUGCAAAUAAGAACCAAGGUAGGAAAAGGAGCAACACAACUGCAACCGACGAUAUUCCUGGUGGAAGCGCUACAGAGGACGCUCCUGGUGAAACGCUAGAGAGUAUUUUGCAGAGGAUGACAACAGAGGUGAAGAGAGCUGAACAAUUAGCUGCCGAGAUGGGUCAGGUUGUCAGGAAUAUGAAUGGAUGUCUAAGUGCAGCACAGGCUGCCGCUGGUACAGGAGCAAGGGACAAUCAGCUUACCAUUGCUGCGCCGCUCAAUGCACCACUACCCCCCUUUGGGAGUGCUCCUAUAUUGGACGAUGACCUUCUGGAUUUUAUUCUGGAUUAGCUGAAGGACUAGUAUGAAGCUGAAGGACUUUUCCAUGUCAGUGUUAUAUGUUCCCUAGCCUAUGUUUGUGCACUCUGAAUCGGUGCCCUGUGUGCUGUCUCUUAAACUGAUUACUUUUCCAUCUUAGCACUCUUAUGUUCCUUAGCUGUGGUGUACUCUCUCCGGCCGAGAGCCUGUGUUAUUAUUCCUACUGCUACUAUGUGUUAUACUGCUGUCUCUAUCCAA